AUGGUUUCUAAACCAUCCGCCAUGCUGUCACACCUGCCAUCCCUCCCCACCCCGCCUUGUGCAGAAAGGUCUUCUCUCCUUUCUGCGGGGCACCGUGAAGAGACCUUCUCACCCCGCCAAGACACGAGACAUACUUACAAGUUUGGGCUAGCCUUGGCCCCUACAAGCCUGGUUACUGUUCCCGCUGCCCGGUUACAGUUCAUGCCGCCCGUCACUGUUCAUGCCGCCCGUCACUGUUCAUGCCGCCCGUCACUGUUGAUGCCGCCCGUCACUGGUCGUGCCGCCCGUCACUGGUCGUACCGCCCGUCACUGGUCGUGCCGCCCGUCACUGGUCGUGCCGCCCGUCACUGGUCGUGCCGCCCGUCACUGGUCGUGCCGCCCGUCACUGGUCGUGCCGCCCGUCACUGUUCGUGCCGCCCGUCACUGCUCGUGCCGCCCGUCACUGCUCGUGCCGCCCGUCUCUGCUCGUGCCGCCCGUCUCUGCUCGUGCCGCCCGUCACUGCUCGUGCCGCCCGGUCACUGCUCCUGCCGCCCGGUCACUGCUCCUGCCGCCCGUCACUGCUCCUGCCGCCCCGUUACUGUUCAUGCCGCCCGAUUACCAUGCCAUGCCAUGUCCUCGUGCUCGUUUCCGCCCUUGCUCGUUUCUGCCCUUGCUCGUUUCUGCCGACAGUGACGGGCGCAGCUGGGCAACGGUGCGGCGAGGCUAAGGCGAAGCCAGUGAGGCACGAGGUGAGACAACGGUCCCCACUCUCCUGGCCCCCUUCUCCUAUGCUCUCACUCUCCUGGCCCCCUUCUCCUAUGCUCUCACUCUCCUGGCCCCCUUCUCCUAUGCUCUCACUCUCCUGGCCCCCUUCUCCUAUGCUCUCACUCUCCUGGCCCCCUUCUCCUAUGCUCUCACUCUCCUGGCCCCCUUCUCCUAUGCUCUCACUCUCCUGGCCCCCUUCUCCUAUGCUCUCACUCUCCUGGCCCCUUUCUCCUAUGCUCUCACUCUCCUGGCCCCCUUCUCCUAUGCUCUUGCUCUGCACUCGUCGUUCCCUUGCUCUGCACUCGUCGUUCCCUUGCUCUGCACUCGUCGUUCCCUUGCUCUGCACUCGUUGUUCCCUUGCUCUGCACUCCUCCUCACCCCCCUGUUUUCCCAUCCCCCACUGUUCAUCCUAUUGCUUCCCCAUCCCGCACUGCUCACCCCACUGUUUCCCCAUCCCGCACUGUUCACCCCACUGGUUCCCAUCCUGCACUGUUCACUCUCCGCUCUGGUCUGGAUGA